AUGGACUCUCCAUCAGUGCAGAAGACGCCAUACCUGACGAUCUACCUCCUACCAGCCAUCAUCCUAGCCCUCCUCGCAUACAAAGCCUACACCAUCGCCACCAACCCCCUCCGCCACAUCCCCGGCCCCUGGAUCUCCCUAUGCACCAAUCUCCGCCUCAAAUACGCCAUCCUCACGGGUGAACGAGUCCGCUACAUCCACUCCCUCCACUCACGCUACGGUCCCAUCGUCCGCAUCAGCCCCUCGGAGCUCGACCUCUGCGAUGCCGCGGCCGCCAAGACGGUCUAUAAAAUGGGUUCCCGCUUCAUGAAGACCCGAUUUUAUUCUGUGUUCACGGGGAGUAAGGUUGUGAAUGUCUUUUCGUCUCAGGAUGCUCAGUGGCAUGGUCAGCAUCGGAGACUUACUAGUGCGAAUUUUUCUGAGCAGAGUGUGAAGAAGAUGGAGCCUUUUAUUGCUCAGAAUGUGCAGUUGGCUGUGCGGAGGAUGAGGGAGGAGGUGCAGAGGUUGGGGUAUGUGGAUGUGUUCAAGUGGUUUAUGUUUAUGGCGACGGAUGUCAUCGGUGAAGCAUCCUUCGGAGAGUCUUUCCGCAUGUUAGAGACGGGCAAGGAAAACCAGUACAUCUCCGACCUCGAGACUCUAGCAUCCAAGGGCAUCUACCGCGUCGAACUCGAAGGCCUCGUGAACAUCGUCGCCAAGCUACCUUUCGGUCCAGUGAAAGAAAUCCUCCGCAUUGCCGCUCGAAUGAAUGCUUACGCCGAAGAUUCUGUCCAGCGUUACUGGCGACUUUACAGUGCAGAUCCGGAGAAUGUCAAGCCCACUUUGCUAACGAAAGAAUACGCGGCGGUCGAGGACGGGACCCUAGAGCCCCUCCAGCUUCGCCGCGAUGCCUCGGGAUAUAUCAUUGCGGGUACGGAUACCACGGCCGUCACGGGGACAUAUGCUGUGUGGGAGCUUUCUAAGUUGCCGGAGGUACAGGAGGCAUUGUGUAGAGAGGUAGCCGAUCUGCCCGAGGGAUUCGAUGACGAAAUUCUCAGGACGCUACCUCUAUUAGAUCGUGUGCUCCAGGAGACUCUACGCCUCCACCCGGCAGUCGAGCAAGGCUUGCCCCGAGCUGUUCCGGACGGUGGUGCGGAGUUCGGCGGCUAUCAUGUUCCUGCUGGUCAGGUGGUGGGCAUACAGGCUUACUCCAUGCAUCGCGAUUCAACAGUCUGGCGCGAUCCUGAGACGUUUGAUCCUUCGAGAUGGGAGGAGUCGACGAAGGCUAUGCAGGACAAUUUCUAUCCUUUUGGUGGUGGAAGUCGAGUCUGCCUCGGGAUGCACUUUGCCAAGGUCGAGCUGCGGCAUGCGCUGGCGAACUUUUACCGCACGUUUGACGUGGGCAUGAAACCGGCAUUCGUACAAGGCUUCACUGAGAAGGAUAUGGAAGCUGUUUCGUAUUUCUUGUCGCCGCCGAGAGGGAAGAGGUGUUAUGUGAUGCCAAGAAAAAGUCUGUCCUAG